AGAUUGAGGCCCUGCAGAGAGUCGUGGCCCGGACCUCCGACAACAUGGUCGACAUAUAUGACAUCGUGCCGCAGGAUAAGGCUAUGCAGCCGUCCGCGGCUCCAUACACCUACGCCGCCCACGACGCGACGAUGGCCCGGUACCAGACCCUCCUUUCCAAACUGUCCUCUCAAGACAACCUGGCAUCUGUGGCGCGCGUUGAUUGGGGGACCCCCGACGAUGACAACAUCGAGAUGCAGCAGAACGCACUCCCCGUUCCCAUCAAGAUCGACGGCGGUGAGGUUCUCGUCGGCAAUUUUGCCGACGCUGCAGCCGCCAUGCGCUGAGAUGCCAUCACCCUCCCAACGCCGUCAUCUGACCAAGGCAGCGGCCUGAUUUAGGCCCGACUGGAAGGGAGGGGGUGCCCGAUGACCUUGCCCGCUGACCCCUGAUCCAUUCCCUCGGUAUUCAUUGCCCACUUUGAUCCCACCCUUUCCUCGCGGUCCCAGGAACGGCUUUCGACUUAAGGUUUCAGCAUGAGUGCGGCGAUGGCCAACGUGGCAUUGUGGGACGGCCCGUCAUCAAACUUGGGUUCUCAUGGGGGCCGGUGGGCCGCCUACACUGUCUCAUACCCGACAGGAUGGUAGAGCCCUGGCGCCGCAUCUUGACGCCGUGAGUGUGGGGAGGCUGGGUGAUGCGGAGAAAUUGGCCUUGCGCGCUCUGUACCGCUG